UUCCUCAAUGUUAGCUGCGCUCGACCGUCCUGCCAAGGAGUAACUGAGAGUUGUUCUUUUCUAAAGAGAGCGAGAAAAAAAAACACUUACAUCAAGUUAUAUAUAGUUUAUCUGAACCCUUCUCAACCCUUUUCACGACUCCUGGAGUAUGCUUUUGUAUUGUCUGGUGUUGGAACGGUUUUCUAUGGAAGAACAAGGCAACGUGAUUAUAGUUGAAAGUAAUUUCAACCAGAGAGAUACUUUUAGAGAAUCCUGAUUACCGGCUUUUCCAUCUUGGGCAACUUGAGUGAAGACUGGAGUUCACCUGCCUUGUGUUCACACCAUCCACAUACACCACCUUUCAUAAAUCCGAUUAGCCUGAGAGAGCAGAAAAAAUGGUUGGUUUUGGCCCUGCUGACGUGCCUCCUACGGCUGCUGUAAAGUUUGUUGGUGCUGGAACGGCAGCCUGCAUCGCUGACCUGGUUACUUUUCCACUGGACACUGCCAAAGUUAGGCUCCAGAUCCAGGGUGAGGCAAGAGGCAGUACAAAUGGUGGGCAGGCCAAAGGCGUGCAGUACCGGGGCGUCUUCGGCACCAUCACCACCAUGGUGCGCACGGAGGGCGCCCGGAGUCUGUACCGCGGACUGGUGGCCGGCCUCCAGAGACAGAUGAGCUUUGCCUCUGUCCGCAUCGGCCUCUACGACUCAGUCAAGCAGUUUUACACCAAGGGCUCAGAACAUGCUGGGAUCGGUAGUCGCCUUCUAGCAGGCUGCACAACUGGUGCCAUGGCCGUUGCCGUGGCCCAGCCAACUGAUGUGGUCAAGGUGCGCUUUCAGGCACAGGUCAGCUCUGGAGGCAACGCAAAACGAUACCAAGGUACCUUGGAUGCCUACAGGACCAUUGGCAGAGAAGAGGGCAUCCGAGGGCUGUUGGAAAGGGAUGGGCCAAACAUUGCCCGCAACGCCAUAGUGAACUGCACCGAGCUGGUGACCUAUGACCUAAUUAAGGAUGCACUUAUCAGCUCAACCCCCUUAACUGAUGAUCUCCCAUGCCACUUUACGUCAGCCUUUGGUGCAGGCUUUUGCACCACUGUGAUCGCCUCUCCAGUUGAUGUUGUGAAGACAAGAUACAUGAACUCAUCCCGCAGCCAGUACAGCAGUGCUGUGAACUGUGCGAUGUCCAUGCUACUCAAAGAGGGACCCAUGGCUUUCUACAAAGGCUUCACACCAUCUUUCCUAAGGCUGGGCUCCUGGAACGUGGUGAUGUUCGUGACGUACGAACAGCUGAAGCGUGCUAUGAUGAUGGCCCGCAACAACAAGGCCUCUCCUCUUUAAAUGUGAUGCUCUGCACAUGUGCCUGGAGUUCCCCUUGCGUCAAUCUUGCUUAUCUACCUCUGAUUUUAGUCUAGUUCCCAACUGAAUCCUUUUCAAAGUUUACAUCUAUGCUUGCAAUCAGUUUUCACUAGUUUCACUCAAGGUACAUCCAAAGAUGGAAAGCUGGUCUUAUUUCCUCUUGUCUUAGCUUAAGUGUUUUACUUCGAAUACAAUACUGUUUUUA